CCAGUCUGGCAUUGCUAAAUUGUUAAGGCUGGCUUGGAAUUUGUAAUCCUCCUGCCUCAGCCUCCUGAGUCUCUGGGAUAACAGACAUUCACCACCAUGAUCAGCGAGGUACCUCUGGGUCUGUGGAACCUGGCGCACGGUUCUUCCCCCAAAGCUGCCAGGACAGCCAGGCUGGGGGCAGUGCCAGACCGGCAGCAGCCGCGCAGUGGAGCAAUCAUUCUGGGAGGUGUCCAAAGCUGGCCCAAUUUCUCUGAGGCGGAGCAGAGGAGCCUGAAUGGGAGGCUCCCAUUAGGGACACAGAGGACCUGAUCUGCUAUUCCUCCGCCAGGAGGUCCCCCAGUGCUACACUGCAUGGAUCUACCCGGACUCCUCUGCGCCUUCUUGCUGGUCGUCUGCUGCUGCUGUCGCCGCGCCACUGGUGUGCCUGGAGAGGCGGAGCAGCCCACACCAGAGCUGGUGGAAGUGGAAGUGGGCAACACGGCCCUUCUGAGGUGUGGCCCUUCACACUCCCUGGGCAACCUCAGCCAUGUGGACUGGUUUUCUGUCUACAAGGAGAAGCCCACACUCAUCUUCCGUGUGCGCCAGGGCCAGGGUCAGAGUGAGCCUGGGGAGUACCAGCACCGUCUCAGCCUCCAGGGCCCAGGGGCUCUGGCUCUGACUCAGGUCAUGCCCCAUGAUGAGCGCAUCUUCCUGUGCCAGAGUAAGCGUCCUCUGUCCCAGGAGCACCGCAUUCAGCUCCAUGUCUUCAAAGCUCCAGAGGAGCCAACCAUCCAGGCCAGUGCCCUGGGCAUCUCUGUAAACAGCAGGGAGCCUGAGGAGGUCGCCACCUGUAUAGGGAGGAAUGGGUACCCCGUUCCUCAAGUCAUUUGGUACAAGAAUCGUCUGCCCCUGAUGGAGGAGAAAAAUCGCGUCCACAUUCAGUCCUCGCAGAUCGUGGAGUCAAGUGGCUUAUACACCUUGAAGAGUGUUCUGAAGGUACAGCUGGUUAAGGAAGACAAAGAUGCCCGAUUUUAUUGUGAGCUCAGUUACCGACUGCCCAGUGGGAACCACAUGAAGGAAUCUAGGGAAGUCACUGUCCCCGUUUUCUACCCAGCGGAAAAAGUGUGGUUGGAAGUGGAGCCUGCAGGAAUGCUGAAGGAAGGGGAUCGUGUGGAAAUCAGAUGUUUGGCGGAUGGCAACCCCACACCUCCCUUCAGCAUCUACAAGCAGAAUCCCAGCACUAGGGAGAUGGAGGAAGAGAGAUCCACUGAUAAUGGCCUCCUGGUGCUGGAGCCUGCCCAGAAGCAGCACAGCGGGCUCUAUGAAUGCCAGGGUCUGGACCUAGAAACCAUGAUACCACUGUUGAGUGAACCCCAGGAGCUGCUGGUGAACUAUGUGUCUGAUGUUGACGUGAGUCCCGCAGCCCCUGCAGGCCAAGAAGGCAGUAGCCUUACACUGACCUGCAAGGCAGAGAGUAACCAGGCCCUCGAGUUCCAGUGGCUGAGAGAAAAGACAGGCCAAGUGCUGGAAAAGGGGUCUGUGCUUCACUUUGACCAUCUGAAACGGGAGAUAGGAGGAGGCUACCGCUGCGUGGCAUCUGUGCCCAGCGUACCUGGCCUGAACCGCACACAGCUAGUCAAUGUGGCCAUUUUUGGUCCCCCAUGGAUGGCAUCAAAGAAGAGGAAGGUGUGGGUGAAAGAGAAUACAAUGCUUAAUCUGUCUUGUGAAGCAUCAGGACAUCCUCGGCCCACCAUCUCCUGGGACAUCAACGGGACUGCAAGUGAAGAAUACCAAGAUUCACAGAGGGUGCUGAGCACUCUGAAUGUCCUUGUGACCCCAGAGCUGUUGGAGAGGGGCGCGGAAUGCACAGCUUCCAAUUCCCUGGGCAGAAACAGCACCAUCAUCAUCCUGGAGCUGGUCAGUUUAACCACCCUCGCACCAGACUCUAGCAAAACAGCUGGCCUCAGCACCUCCACUGCCAGUCCUCAUGCCAGAGCCAACAGCACCUCCACAGAGAAAAAGCUGCGGGAGCAGGAGAGCAAGGGCGUGGUCAUUGUGGCUGUGAUCGUGUGCAUCCUGGUCCUGGCUGUGCUGGGCGCUGUCCUCUAUUUCCUCUACAAGAAGGGCAAGCUGCUGUGUGGGCGGUCAGGCAAACAAGAGAUCACGCUGCCCCCGUCUCAUAAGAGCGAAUUUGUAGUUGAAGUUAAGUCAGAUAAGCUCCCAGAAGAGAUGGGCCUCCUACAGGGCAGCAGCGGUGACAAGAGGGCUCCAGGAGACCAGGGAGAGAAAUACAUCGAUCUGAGGCAUUAGCCAUGGAAUCACAUUGGUUCUCUCCUCACCUGGACAGUUUCUGGCUCCCUGCUCACUCUUUUCCCCAGCCAAAGCCCCCAAAGGGACUACAGAGAAGACCCUGCUCCAGCACACCUACAGAUCAAUUCUAGAGGGCUGUGGGCUAGGGCCAGAGCCAUCCCAAGAAGGACCUCACUUGGCCCUGGAGGCCCCCUUUUAGGGCCCAGUCCACCUCUAUCUCCACUUAUGUGAUGUUCAGAAGAGGCCUCAGUUCCCCACAAGUGACUGAAGUUUCUUGUAGAACAUGUUUUCUCCUUAAAUAUGCUAUAGCUAUAAAUACCUGUCUUCUACCAGCCCCUAUCCUAGCUGGUUUUCUGCCUACCCCUGCCAGGCUGGCUUUGGUAAUCCAUUUGUACCCCUGACAUGAGAAGGCACCAGGGCCCAGGUUCACUGUCACAGAAUGCAGUUUUGCUGGCUCUGGAGAGUACGCUGUAGUAUCCGGAAGCAGUGGCAGAGUCGCUGCUAUAACUUCCUGCCUGCCUCUUUUGUGACAUUUUCUCUUUGGGCUCAAAUCAGGAACUGGUGUUAUUUCCUCAAGAAUAUGUCCUGCAGGGAGGAAGCCAGGUGACAUUCCUGUGAAGACCUCUGAGCCUGAGCCUCUACAUUUACAUGGCUCCCAGUGCCCUCAAAGGAUCAUGUGAGACUGAAAGAUGAGAGAUGGAGGGAGAGAGAUGAGGUGACCUGUCCUUUAUGGGGAUUAAGGCUAUAGUUAUAUUAUCACCAAAUUUCUAUAAACUGAGCUAAUGGGCCUAGACUCUACAAGGGCCCAAAUAGGAGAAUGGUACUUAGGGAUGAAAAACCAGGGGCCUGGCUAGAGCUUUGGGGUGUGUGUGAGUGUGUAUGUGUAGUGACAUGCAUGCUUGCUCAUGUGGUUUUGUUGUAUGUAAAUCUGCAAAUUAUGUGUGUCUAUGUGUGUGUGCACGUGUGUGUACGUGUGUGUGUGUGAGAAAAAUAAAGCUUAAUUGUCCUGGAA